AUGAAACGUUGGAAUUCUGCCAUUGAUUGCUGUUCUUGGGAUGGUGUCUUAUGCAACACGGAAACUGGUCACAUAUUAAGCCUAGACCUCAGCAAUAGUUGGAUUUAUGGUCCUCUGCUUUCUAACAGCAGCCUUUUCAACUUGCACUGUCUUCGAAAGCUCAACCUUGCCUUCAACAACUUCAGUCCAUCUCCGAUUCCAUCUGAGUUUCACCGGCUUUCAAGAAACAGUGGUCUUACUGGUUCUCUUCCAGAAUUCCACUCUGGUAGUACGCUCAAGUUUUUGGAUCUUUCCAAGACCACUUUCUCAGGAAAACUGCCAGUUUCAAUUGGCAAACUAAAAUUCUUGAAUUUUAUGGAUCUUGAAAAGUGCAACUUUCGGGGGGUUGUUCCAUAUUCUCUUUGGAACCUUUCUGAACUCUCAUAUCUUGGCCUCUCAUCAAACCAUUUCUAUGGCCAACUUCCAUAUAGGGUAGGGAACCUUGCAAAGCUCACUACAAUUGAUCUUUCUGGUAAUCAAUUUAGUGGUGAAUUGCCUUCUUCACUUGGAAACCUUACACAGUUGAAAUAUUUGUUUCUUGAUGACAAUAAUUUCAGUGGCCAAAUUCCGUCUUCAUUUGGAAAUCUCUCACAAUUAGAAAUGUUGAUACUUUCAACAAAUCUGUUUGAUGGAAAAUUCCCAAGCUCACUCCCACAUCAGAUCAAAUCUAUCAAUCUUCAGAACAAUAAUUUGACAGGUUCAAUUCCAUCCACUAUUCAAAACCUCACAUUUCUUGAAUGUAUUGAUCUGUCAUAUAAUUCUUUCACUGGUGUCAUUCCUCGGUCUUUGUUUAAAUUACCUUCUCUGACAUACUUAUCUUUGAAAAACAAUCAGCUUUCUGGAUCUCUUAAUAUCCAAAACAUUUCUGAUCAUUCAUCCAAGUUGGAAAACCUGUUUUUAAGUAAAAACAAUUUAACUGGACACAUCCCAAGUUCCAUAUCCAAACUCAAAAUGCUCAGAGAAAUGUGCCUUGAUUCAAAUGACUUAAGUGGCAGUCUUGAUUUUGGCACAAUCUUUUCGGGGUUGAGUUUGCUUCAUGAUCUUUUGCUUUCGAAUAAUAGAGGCCUAUUUGUAACAAAUAAUAACUCCCCCUUAGUUCUUCCAUGGAAGAAACUGUAUUUACUCGACCUGCAUUCCAACAUGUUGGGCGGACCAGUUGUUGUUCCACCAAUGUCGACCAGGUACUUUUCUGUAUCAGAAAAUAGCUUGGUUGGAAGAAUUGAUCCAUUGUUCUGUAAAUUGGCGGAUCUUCAAUAUCUUGAUUUGUCAAGUAACAAUUUGAGUGGUACCAUUCCUCAAUGUUUGGGUAACUUCAAUAGCUCUUUGUUGGUUCUAAAUCUAAGAAUAAACCACUUUCAUGGUGAAAUGCCUGAGACUUGUGGAGAUAGAAGAAAAUUGAAGACACUGGACUUGAGCUGCAACCAACUAUAUGGGAAGAUGCCAAACUCACUCAUUAAAUGUGAAGAGCUACAGAUUCUAAAUCUUAGCCAGCUGGAUGACACAUUUCCUUUUUGGCUACAGAAUUUGUUAAAUCCUCAGGUUCUCAUCUUAGCUCAUAACAAAUUUCACUGUCCUUGUCCACAUAACUUUUCUGGCUUUCUGAAAUUAAGUAUCAUUGACCUCUCGUUCCAUGAUUUUAGUGGAAGUUUAUCAUCAGAAUAUUUUACAAAUUGGACUUCAAUGAGCAAAAUCUCUCAGAGAAAUUCGUCAGGAGUGACGUACAUUGGUGAUGAUGAGUCUUACCAGUACUCAGUGACUGAGGUAAAUAAGGGCCUAGAAAUGCUUUUUGUCAAAAUUUUCGCCAUGUUUGUGUCCAUUGAUUUCUCGAACAACAGAUUUCAUGGAGAAAUCCCAGAGACAAUAGGGGAUCUACAAUAUCUAAUCGUGCUCAAUUUGUCAAGUAAUGAUUUUUCAAGACAUAUUCCUUCAUCUCUACGGAAUCUGGUUGAGCUUGAAUCGUUAGAUCUCUCUAACAAUAAGCUUUCUGGUAAAAUCCCUCCACAGUUAACUAGUCUCACAUUUCUUGAAUACUUGAAUGUCUCCAAAAAUCGACUCACAGGUCCAAUACCACAGGCUGGACAGAUUGGGAUAUUUCCAAAUUCUUCAUUCGAGGGAAAUGCGGGAUUAUGUGGUCUUCCAUUGUCAAAAACGUGUGGGACUUAG